AUGCCUAGACCGCCAGAGACACCGGAUGUGAGGGCAUCGAAAGGUCUCGCGUAUAUCCUGCGGCACGGUGCCGAAAAAGAGGGGCUUCAUAUCCGCUCAGACGGGUUUAUACGGCUUGACGAUGUGCUCGCACGCCCGAAGAUGAGAGACGUUGAUAAGGAUAUGGUGCUCCGACUCGUGGAGGAGAAUGCCAAGAAGCGGUUCGAGCUGGUCUUCGGGUAUGACCCCUCACCCCCGCCACCAAAGAAGGGCAAGGGGCAGAAUAAGGGGAAGGGGAAGGGUCAAGGGCAAGGUCAAGGCGGGAAGAAAGUCGAGGAGGUGGCUUCGGGCGUUGACGCGGUCGAGGUCGGAGAGAAAGGUGCCUCGGCGCCUGGCGAACCCGUCACAGCGCCCGAACCUCCCGUCGAGUCGGCUACGGCCUCCGUCGACGCCCUUCCCGUCUUACUGUCGCCGGCACAAAUCACGUCGACAGAGCUUCCUCUGGUCAUUCUACCGGACCCGGCGGUCGAAGAAGUAUCGGACCCGGACCCUCGAGGCGGCUACUACAUCCGCGCGAGCCAGGGGCACUCGAUCGCUCUGGAGGGCGUGGCGCAUCUGGAGGCGGUAUUGGACGAUGAAGAAGGCCGAAAGAGGGCGGGGUUGAUAGUCCAUGGGACUCGAUGGGAUCUAUGGGAGACUCUGAAACAGCAAGGCCUGUCUCGCAUGGCUCGUCAACAUAUCCAUUUUGCCCCGGCCCUCUCUCUAUCGGAGCAUCAUAUCAUCCCUCGCCCCAACUCCACGCUGCUUAUAUAUCUGGACCUGCCCAGGGCGCUCGCGGCGGGUAUACCGGUUUAUACGUCGGCGAAUGGGGUGGUUUUGACGCCGGGGAAUGAGGCGGGGUCGGUGGGUAAAGAGUUUUGGAGGUUGGCGGAAAAGGUCGAGGGGGGACUGCAGGGGGCAAGGACGGUGGUGUGGAGGGAUGGGAAGGAGGUGAAGGCGUGA